UGGGCUGAAAAAGUGGAACCAAACGGGCUCUCAAUCGUGGAUACAGGAAACAACAACCAUAUCAAUACUUUAAUAAAGUGCAAUUUCCCUCCAUAUGGGAAAGAUUUCAAAGGAGCAAAACCUACUGGAAGGUUUAGCAAUGGAAGGGUCCCCUCAGACUUCAUAGCUGAAGAAUUAGGUCUCAAGGAGCUCUUGCCAGCUUAUUUGGACUCAAACUUGAAACUUCAAGACCUUCUUAGUGGCGUAAGUUUUGCCUCUGGUGGUGCAGGAUAUGAUCCUCUCACAUCCAUGAUAAUAUCUGCCUUAUCAUUGCCAGAUCAAUUAGAGCUGUUCAAGAAUUACAUAAAGAAAAUAAAGGCAGCAGCGGGUGAAGAUAGAAUGGCCUCUAUACUAUCAAAAGGAAUAUACAUGUUGAGCAUAGGGACUGAUGACAUUGCAAAUACUUAUUUUCUCAGGAUGUUUCAGUAUGAUAUCAAUUCUUAUACGGAUCUAAUGAUCAAUUCAUCUUUAAGUUUCUUGGAAGAACUCUAUGCAUUGGGUGCGAGAAGGAUUGGAGUGUUAAGUAUACCAGCAAUAGGGUGUUUGCCGAUGCAAAGAACACUGAGAGGAGGCUUACAAAGAAGUUGUUCAGUGUCUUUAAACCAAGCAGCGAUUCUCUUCAACUCCAAGCUCUCGGCUCAAUUGGUUAAUCUCAACAAAAAGCUUCCAGCAGCUAAACUCGUCUACAUGGAUGUAUACUAUCGAUUACUUCACCUUAUCCAACACCCUACAGAACAUGGAUUUGAAGUAGUGGAUAAUGGAUGUUGCGGCACGGGAGAUUUUGAGGCUGGCAUCUUAUUUUGUGCUUACAAUCCAAAUACAUGCAAGGAUGACACUAAAUACAUCUUCUGGGACAGUUAUCACCCCACUGAACGAGCUUAUGCCUUGCUAACCUCUCAGAUGAUUAAGGACACCAUUCAUAAAUUUUUCUAAGAGACGUUCUCUUUACUUCAUCCUAUUCUAAUUAAACUACUUAUAAUAAAAGUUUUAUUUAUUUAUUAUUACCUAGCUAUGUCACUGUAAUAAAAGAGAUUUUUUUUUUCUUUCUAUUCUACUUGUGAUGUAACAUGCCCUUGAAUGUACUCAUUUGGAUCUUUCUGUUAAUGAACUUCAAAUGGAAAUAUUUAUGAUCAAUAUAGUGCAACUAAAUAUACUCUUUCGUUUAUUAUAAAAUGAAAAUAUAGAUGUUAAUAUACCAAUUCUAAUUAAACUGCUUAUAUACAAGUUUUUAUUAAUAUUAUUAUUAUUACCUAUAUCACUUUAAUAAAAGCGAUUUUUUUUUCCUAUUUUGCUUGUGAUGUAACAUGCCCUUGAAUGUACUCAUUUGGAUCUUUCUGUUGAUGAACUUCAAAUGGAAAUAUUUAUCAAUAAGUGUAACUAAAUAUACUCUUUUGUUUAUUAUAAAAUGAAAAUAUAGAUGGUAAUAUACCAAUGCUUAAAGACAAUAUUUCACUUUUUAGUAUGUAACCUUUUAAACAAGGGUAAAACCUAGUUACAGUUAUUUAGGUGUUGUAUUAUCUUAGAUCACUUAGUUAAAUUAAACUAUAUGACAAUUGAUGAUGCCGAAAAAUCACCAGUAAGUCACAAGGUCCUCACGUGCUCGAAACAAUACCUACACAAUACAAAAGAGAAGACCUAACAGAGAGCACCGGUGUGGUGCUAGCCAAAAACCCUCUGAAGGUCAAGUUAGAA